CGUGUUCAUCGAAGCAACUCCGUCCACAUACAACAUGAACACCUUCGCCACCCUCGUGCCCUGCCUCGUCCUCCUGGCCACUUGCUGCCAGGCCGGAUAUGUGGCACCGUACGCCUACCACGCUGCCGCCGUCCACGUCCCUGUGGCCACCACGGUGGUGCGUCAGCCGGUGGUGGAGCACCACAGCGAGGUGGCCUACGUGCCACCACACGCCCACGGGUACACCAUCAGUCAACAGAAGGUCGUCCACCCCAAGACCACCGUCACCAAGCACGACCCAUUCUUCGGCACCUACCACCAGGCCCAGGUGCACCACGCUCCAGUGGUGACCGGCUCUCACAGUUCCGUGCACCAGAGCAGAGGUGGACACUUCGUGCACCGCCCAGUCGGCACCGUCGUCUACUAAGUGCCUUCGCUUCGAGAAUCAUCAUGUUCAUACAAUACUCACAUUUGAAGCACAAUAAAUGCAACUCACUCUUUCAAUUCAGGAGUGAAGCGGCCCUGAUAUAUAUAAA